AUGAAGGACCCAAAGAGGAUGCACAGCAUUGACGCAGAAGACGGCGCAUUCGCGGAAGUCUUCGGCAAAGGUAUUCUCGAAUACAUCUUUACACCAGAGGCUGAGACGUGUAUGACCAACAUGACCCUCGGAGUCCCAUGGAUGUCGACGAUUACCGUGGCAGCCACACGAGCCGACCUACCCUGGGAUAGCUACGGAUCAACAGUCUGUGACGUUGGCGCUGGCCUCGGUAGUGUGAUGCUGGAGGUCAAAAAGGCGUUCCCAUCGUUGAAUGUGAUAUGUCAAGAGUUGGAGCCUAUGAUUCCUGUCAUGCAGAAGGUGAUUAGUCCCCGCUACGAGAACGAAAUGGAAAGAGGAGAAAUCAAACUUGAAGUGCACGACUACUUCACUCCACAGGAGACUGUGGCAGACGUGUACUGGUUGCGCGGUGUUAUCCGAGAAUACGAGGACGAUGUUGCCGCGAAAGUGCUCGCGAACUUGAAGCCGGCGAUGACGAAGAACCCGAACGCGAGGGUCUUUGUGAACGAGUUAUUCAUUCCCCAGCUGAUCACACCCGACCAAGCCGGGAACACAGCGGCAUCCCUCAAUACAUCCAAAGAACAAUCUGGAUGGCCGAUGGUCACUCAGAUGCAGCAACUGGGUGGCCAGCAACUCUUCAGUGGCAAGGAACGGACCUUUGAAGAGAUCAGGAACAUUGGUGAAAUGGCAGGCUUGAAGUUUGUCAAGUAUCACAGAUUCAGGAUGUUCACCGGGGUUGCCGAGUUUAAAUUUCUGUCGAGUCCGAAGUUGUGA